AUGUUACCCCACGGGGAGAUACGAUUUGGUCGGAUCCUCGACGAUAUUUCCGCAGCAAUCCGAAGAUACAACCGUACAACGCCCGUCGCCGGUAAUAACAUGUACUCUCUUGGCGCUUCUCCAUGUUUUGUCCAAGAACCCCGCAUUAUGGGGGUAUUCGGGUGUACUAGUGCAAGAUUGGAGAAUUACUACUUGGCCGUUCCGUGGCAAUACUCCGAACAUUGGGGAAGUCAAAAGGUUCCCUUUGCCGAAAAUAACCUCCUUCUUCAUACAUUAUGGGUACCUUUUCAUUUUCCUUUUCCCGCUUUGAAGUAGAGUUCAUUUAUAGCCUAGGGGUGCCGUCCAUCUCGAAACAAAAUCUGACGGAUACUAUUCUUCACACCUAAGAACGAAUUGUUACAACAAACCGCUACAAUGCCAGGCCUACAAAGAAUCAAAACUGAGUUGACCGACUUGCUCGGCAUCAAGCAUCCAAUUCUCCUUGCUGGAAUGGCACGGACAUCCUCCGGUCUCCUCGCCGCCGCCGUUUCCAACGCUGGCGGCUGUGGUGUAGUAGGCGGCCUGAACUAUACCCCAGAACAACUAUUCUCCAUCCUCAAUGACCUCAAGGCAAACCUAAAUGACCCUUCCCUUCCUUUUGGUGUGGAUCUCGCCCUUCCUAAAAUCGGCGCUGGCGCUCGAAAGACCAACCACGAUUAUACCCACGGACAGCUCGAUGCUCUUAUUGACGUCACCAUCAAUAGUGGGGCAAAGCUAUUCGUGUGCGCUGUGGGAGUCCCACCCAAACAUAUCGUGGAUAAAUUGCAUGCGAAUGGCAUUCUGGUUAUGAAUAUGGUGGGUGCCCCGAAGCAUGCGAGGUAUGCGCUUGAGGCAGGGGCAGAUAUGGUUUGCGCCCAAGGUGGCGAGGGGGGUGGGCACACUGGGGCGAUCGCGACGAGCAUUUUAAUCCCGGCCGUCGUGGACGCGGUGCAAGGCUACAAAUCUCCCAUGACGGGCUGUACGCCACUGGUGAUAGCCGCUGGCGGAAUACGCGACGGGCGCUCUCUGGCUGCGGCCCUGAUGAUGGGUGCAGCCGGCGUAUGGGUCGGCACGCGCUUUGUGGCAUCUGUGGAGGCGGGAUGCUCGGAGGUGCACAAAGUCGAAGUUACGACUGCGACGUUUGACGACACAGUGCGAACGCUUGUGGUGAGUGGGCGGCCGAUGCGGGUUAAGGCAAACGAGUACAUCAAGGCGUGGGAGAGGCAGCCGGAGAAGAUUUUAGAGCUUACGCAGGCCGGAAUUGUGCCGUAUGAGAAGGAUGUUGAAGACGGAGUGGAGGCCGACAGGCCAUUUUUGAUGGGGCAAGUUGCCGCGGUGAUUGGAGAGAUCGAGCCGGCAGGGAAGAUUGUGGAGGAUAUGGUCGAUGGGGCUGUUAAGAUGCUGUCGAAAGGAUCAAAGUUCAUAGGGCUUGGGGCGCGGUUGUAAUUUCUAGCAGUUAGAAGAAAAUAAGCCAAGCUAUAUAAGUGAAGGAAGUUGGGGAGUAUUUAAACGAAGCACUCUGGUUAGUUUAUUGCAAAUAGAUAGAUUGUUGGAUGCUCAAAUUACACAGAAACUACCAAAAACA